AGAUAGUGCUUCCGGUGCGAAGGUCACGGACAAGAUGGUGCCGCCGGUGCAGGUCUCUCCGCUCAUCAAGCUCGGCCGCUAUUCCGCCCUGUUCCUCGGUGUGGCCUACGGAGCCAAGCGCUACAAUUACCUGAAACCCCGGGCAGAAGAGGAGAGGAGGAUAGCAGCUGAGGAGAAGAAGAAGCAGGAUGAGCUGAAGCGCAUUGAGCGAGAACUGGCAGAAGCCCAAGAAGACAGCAUAUUAAAGUGAGCCUCCCUUUUUCCAGAGCAGCGUGGACGUGGACAAAUAAAGCUUUCUGUGCUAUGUGACGCUCUGA